AUGCAGAGACUGGCGCUGGGAGUGGUGCUGCAGGUGGUUAUGGUUGUGGCUGUGGUGCUGUCUGCGGUGGUGAGUGCGUCGUCGCAGCAGUGCUCUCUGGUGGAAGAGCUCAAGGCUGCCGGUGGUCACAUCCAUGAGAUGAUCAAUGUGGCUGAUGGUGAGCUGGUUCAUGUCCCCUUUGCUGCCAUGAUAACUAUCGACGACGCCUAUCGCUCGCCCAUUGGGAGGGUGCUGAUGGCCCUUGAGCUGCCGGAUGCACAGGCGCUGGCGCUGUACCUGCUGUUUGCUCGCGCAUGGCCACGGGUGGACCCGCAGCUCACCUCAAUCAAGGCCUGCCAUCUUGCUUGGCUGCCCACUCCGGACGAGAUCCACGUGCCGAUUCUGUGGCGCGCAAGCGAGCGCGAAGCCCUCCACCCGUCACAGAUUGCCAGUCAAGUCGACGAUGACGCUCGGCGCGCACGCGAUGCAUACAAGCGGUGGUCUGCUGACCUUAUCCUCGCACUGCGCCGCCUCGGCCUGAAAAAGCCCGACCCGGCCGAGGUUUUCUCCCUUUCGGCCUUCAAGUGGGGUCUGGCAGUUGUCUCCUCACGAGUCUUCUCCGUCACCGUCACCGAUCCAAGCUCCGGCGAGCAGAUCCAUCACCGGGCACUGGUUCCGGUCCUGGACCUCGCCAACACUGACGUCCACUCGCGGGUCCGCACCAUCGAGGCUGUCGGGCCCGACGGCUCGAUCUCGCUUCAGUCGACAGCACCGAUCGAGGCUGGUGCUCCAGUGACCGUCUUCUAUGGCUCGAACCAGCUUUCCAAUGUCGACCUCUUUGUCAAGUAUGGGUUUAUGCUGGGGGGCACCGAGGUCCACGAUCCCGAGUCGGACCUUCCUCCCGGCAUCACUGUCUCCCUCGCGGAUGGACCGGCACCACUCCUUGUCAAGCUUCCGCCAGGCAACCCAGAGAGCAAGCUGUACAUCAAUCCGGAGUUGGUUGCUGCCAUCAAGCCCAACGAGCUCGAGGCCGAGAUCCGGAGCCGCAUCGCCGCUCUCGACUUGGCCAAGCAGAGCUUGGUCAAAAUCGAGCCGCCGUAUCCGCCGCGGACCACACUUGCCCUUGCUGUCCUCACCAACGAGCGCUGGUAUGCUUCGCGCGCCCUCCACUCCCUGGUCCUCAUCCGCCAAGCCGCUGCCUCUGAGGCUGCUGCCGCCGGCAUCACCCUCGACGCCGACAAGACUGAUCUGUGA